GGCAAUUGCGGCCGCUGGAAUUUAUUUAAGCUCACGAAUAUUGUCGCGCUGAAAUAAAGUGUUUUCAUUAUUCCAACUUAAUUGGUGUCAUUCCACAUAGUAACAUUUUCUCUACAAGCUUACGUAGCCAUGUACAAUUAACACUGUACAGUAUAAAAGAAUUUCAUCAAAAACGUGAAGUUCUCAAAAACAACGUUAAUAAGUGUGCAUCAGCACUAAGGAUUAUUUUACCUGCAAUUGAUCAUGUAUGCUGACGAAGAUCAAUAUGAAAAUGAGGAGGCAGAAGAGAUUUCAUCAAAAUUAUGGCAAGAAGCCUGUUGGAUCGUUAUCAACGCCUAUUUUGAUGAAAAAGGUCUUGUGCGUCAGCAACUUGACAGCUUCGAUGAAUUCAUUGAAAUGUCUGUUCAGCGUAUUGUGGAAGAUUCACCUCAAAUUGAAUUAGAAGCUGAAGCUCAACAUACUACUGGCGAAAUCGAAAUACCGGUAAAGCAUUUAGUUAAAUUUGAACAAAUUUAUUUGUCUAAACCAACUCAUUGGGAAAAAGAUGGUGCUCCAUCACCUAUGAUGCCCAAUGAAGCAAGACUGAGGAAUUUGACUUAUUCCGCACCUUUGUAUGUAGAUAUAACUAAAACAAUUGUAAAAACCUUUAAUGAUGAUGAUGGUAAAGAUCCAAGAGAGGAACGUUCAGAAACUCAACAUCAAAAGACUUUCAUUGGAAAAAUUCCAAUCAUGUUGAGGUCAAAAUAUUGUUUACUUGCUGGGUUAUCAGAUCGAGAUUUAACAGAGUUAAACGAAUGUCCUCUAGAUCCUGGUGGUUAUUUCAUCAUUAAUGGAUCAGAAAAGGUAUUGAUUGCUCAAGAAAAAAUGGCUACAAAUACAGUAUAUGUGUUUAGUAUGAAAGAUGGUAAAUAUGCAUAUAAAUGUGAAAUAAGAUCAUGCCUAGAACACAGUUCUCGACCGACUUCAACACUAUGGAUCAAUAUGAUGGCUAAGAGUGGUGCUAAUAUUAAGAAAUCUGCCAUUGGUCAGCGUAUAGUGGCCGUUCUUCCAUACAUUAGGCAAGAAAUCCCAAUUAUGAUUGUAUUUCGUGCUUUGGGUUUCGUGGCAGAUCGUGACAUUUUGGAACAUAUUAUCUACGAUUUCGAUGACCCAGAAAUGAUGGAAAUGGUAAAACCAUCUUUGGAUGAUGCAUUUGUGUUUCAAGAACAAACUGUAGCAUUAAAUUUCAUUGGUACACGUGGUGCAAGACCUGGUGUAACAAAGGAAAAACGUAUCAAAUAUGCCAGAGAAAUUCUUCAAAAAGAGACCUUACCUCAUGUAGGGAUCAGUGAUUUUUGUGAAACAAAAAAAGCUUACUUCUUGGGUUAUAUGGUACACAGACUUUUAUCUGCUUCUUUGGGUCGUAGAGAAUUAGACGAUCGUGAUCAUUACGGAAAUAAACGUCUAGAUUUGGCAGGUCCUCUACUAGCUUUCUUAUUCAGAGGAUUAUUUAAAAAUCUUAUGAAAGAAGUUAGAAUGUAUGCCCAAAAGUUCAUAGAUAAAGGAAAAGACUUUAAUCUUGAACUUGCAAUUAAAACGAAAAUUAUAACAGAUGGCUUAAGGUAUUCAUUGGCUACAGGUAAUUGGGGUGAUCAGAAGAAAGCCCAUUUAGCUCGAGCUGGAGUUUCACAGGUAUUGAACAGAUUAACUUUUGCCUCAACAUUAUCUCACUUGAGGAGAGUAAAUUCUCCUAUUGGACGUGAUGGUAAAUUGGCUAAGCCACGACAGCUACAUAACACACUAUGGGGAAUGUUGUGUCCAGCUGAGACCCCUGAAGGUGCUGCUGUUGGUUUGGUUAAAAAUUUGGCCCUUAUGGCUUAUAUUAGUGUCGGUUCACAACCGUCUCCUAUUCUUGAGUUCUUAGAAGAAUGGUCUAUGGAAAAUUUGGAAGAAAUAGCACCAAGCGCGAUAGCUGAUGCUACGAAAAUUUUCGUUAACGGGUGUUGGGUAGGAAUACAUAGAGAUCCUGAUCAACUCAUGGCCACACUGAGGAAACUAAGACGUCAGAUGGACAUCAUUGUAUCGGAAGUGUCAAUGAUUCGAGAUAUCAGAGAUCGAGAAAUAAGAAUUUAUACAGAUGCUGGAAGAAUUAGUAGGCCGUUAUUGAUCGUUGAAAACCAACAAUUGUUACUCAAAAAGCGUCAUAUUGAUAUGUUGAAAGAUAGAGAUUAUAAUAAUGACGGAUGGCAGGAGCUCGUUGCUAGUGGAGUAGUUGAGUAUAUUGAUACUCUUGAAGAAGAAACAGUUAUGAUUGCAAUGUCACCUGAUGACUUGAGACAAGAAAAAGAGUACGCUUAUUGUACUACAUAUACUCACUGUGAAAUUCACCCUGCUAUGAUUUUAGGAGUAUGUGCCUCCAUUAUUCCAUUCCCUGAUCACAACCAAAGUCCUAGGAACACUUAUCAAAGUGCUAUGGGUAAACAAGCCAUGGGAGUUUAUAUUACAAAUUUCCAUGUACGGAUGGACACCCUUGCUCAUGUCUUAUAUUAUCCUCACAAACCACUUGUAACAACUCGAUCAAUGGAAUAUCUUAGGUUCAGAGAAUUGCCUGCUGGCAUUAAUAGUAUUGUUGCAAUUUUAUGCUAUACUGGUUACAACCAAGAAGAUAGCGUCAUUCUUAAUGCAAGUGCUGUUGAACGAGGAUUCUUUAGAUCAGUUUUUUAUCGUUCCUACAAAGAUUCUGAAACUAAAAAAAUGGGAGAUGUUGAAGAGCAGUUUGAGAAACCGAACCGGCAAACGUGUCAGGGAAUGCGUAAUGCUCUUUAUGAUAAAUUGGAUGAUGAUGGUAUUAUUGCUCCAGGUAUUCGAGUCUCUGGUGAUGAUGUUGUUAUUGGAAAAACUAUGACUUUACAAGAAAAUGAUGACGAGUUGGAUAGCACUACCAAGCGUUUCACAAAACGUGAUGCUUCUACAUUCCUUCGUAACAGUGAAACGGGAAUUGUAGAUCAAGUAAUGUUGACACUGAACAGUGAUGGCUACAAGUUUUGUAAGAUCCGUGUGCGCAGUGUACGUAUUCCACAAAUUGGUGAUAAAUUUGCGUCUCGUCAUGGACAAAAAGGAACAUGCGGCAUUCAAUAUCGCCAAGAAGACAUGCCUUUUUCAUGUGAAGGUCUUACUCCAGACAUUAUCAUUAACCCUCACGCUAUCCCUUCACGUAUGACAAUCGGUCACUUGAUCGAAUGUAUUCAAGGAAAAGUAUCUUCCAAUAAGGGAGAAAUUGGUGAUGCCACUCCAUUCAAUGACGCUGUCAAUGUACAAAAAAUUUCAACACUUCUUAUGGAGUAUGGAUAUCAGCUUCGAGGCAAUGAAGUCAUGUACAAUGGACAUACCGGUCGUAAAAUUAAUGCACAAGUGUUUUUAGGACCUACAUAUUAUCAACGUCUAAAGCACAUGGUAGAUGACAAAAUUCACAGUAGAGCUCGAGGGCCUGUGCAAAUUUUAGUGAGACAACCCAUGGAGGGUCGAGCUAGAGAUGGAGGUUUACGUUUUGGAGAGAUGGAACGCGACUGUCAAAUUAGUCACGGAGCUGCUCAAUUUUUGCGAGAACGUUUAUUUGAAGUUUCUGACCCAUAUCGGAUCCAUGUUUGCAACUUCUGCGGUUUGAUUGCUAUUGCAAACCUUAGAAAUAAUACAUUCGAAUGCAAAGGAUGUAAAAACAAAACACAAAUAUCUCAAGUUAGGUUACCUUAUGCAGCCAAACUUCUGUUCCAAGAGCUAAUGGCAAUGAAUAUUGCUCCUCGACUUAUGGUUGUUUAGAUUUUGUAUGAUUCUACUGACUAUUUAUAUUUUGAAAAAAAUGAUAUUGUAAUAAGUGAUAAAUUAUUUGGAUAAUAAAGUAAAUAUAUGUAUGGAAAUUAUAGUAACUUUUAAUAUGCCAUUAUUCUUGGUCAGCUUUAAAACCUUUCUCUCGUAUUCAAUGAAAUUAUAUUUUUGUAUUUGUGAGUUAUAACAUGCGAUUAUCCUACAAAUUUAUAAAAUUUCAAAUAUUAAGACGUAUUUUGUAUUAAAAUAGUUGA